AUGACGAAGUCCAAUGCAUCGGGGCUGAUGCUCCUGCUUCUCUUGGCCGUGACCUCGAGCGCCCAUACUUGGGUUGAACAGCUCAUGGUCAUUGCACCCAACGGAACCUUCAUCGGGUCUCCAGGCUAUCCGCGCGGAAAUGUCCCUCGUACCGCGCCCAACUUCAACGAUGGCACUAUGACCCAUAUACUCACGUCGACGGGUGCCUCAAACACGACCGUCAAGGGUGACAUGUGCAUGAACUCGCAGAAGAAACAAGUCCAGAGUCCGGGAAAUCCCCGACUGCAGGCAGCCGCGGGAGACCCCGUCGCUCUUCGAUACCAGGAAAACGGCCAUGUGACCCUGCCCGAGACGCAGGCCGGUAAGCCCAAGAACCGCGGGACGGUGUAUGUCUAUGGCACCACCAACCCCAAGGACAAUGAUCAACUGGAAGCUAUCCACAAGGUCUGGAACAAGGACGGCUCCGGCGGCGACAAGCGCGGCGUGUUGCUGUCCACCCAGGACUUCGACGACGGCCAGUGCUAUCAGAUCAACGGCGGUGCCAUCUCCAAGGAGCGCCAGAAUCACUUUCCCCACCAGGCGGAUCAGUUGAUGGGCGCCGAUCUGUGGUGUCAGCAGGAUAUCAAGCUGCCGCAGAAUCUUCCCUCGGACAAGCCCUACACCCUCUACUGGGUCUGGGACUGGCCGACUGCUCAGGGCGUCGAUCCGAGCUUGCCUGCCGGAAAGCAAGAGAUUUACACGACUUGCAUGGAUGUUGACGUGGUCAGCAAGCCUAAUACGCAGCAGCACAUGCCUGUCAAGUACGCCGACGGUCAAUCCUUGAAUAGCGCUGCCGUCAAGGCCCGCUUCAUCGGAACGAUGGGCGCUAGUUUCGACGUUCCUAUUGACGACGGGGGCAAAGGCGCAACCAGCACUUCGCAAGGCACGGGCAUGAAGUCAGCCACUUCGGCUCCAUCGCCAACGCCGACCGGGUCUCAAGAUGAUCAGAAUCAGGAUGAGGAUGAGGAUGAGGAUGAGGAUGCAAGCAGCACCUCGCAAGACGCGGUGGGAUCCGUCACUCUGGUAACUUCAUUCUCAGCACCGACCGGAACCCGUGACGACCCUGAUCAAGACGAGAAUGGCGAUGAGAGUGCCGGUGGUGAUGAUGAUACCAGCGACUCUUCGGUACCUGCAGUCUUCGUGCAGCCCAGUAUCAGUUCAACAGUGCCCGACAAGGUCACGGUGACUACAUUCAUGACGAUGAAGAAGACUGUCCAUCCCAGUGGUUGCUCGGGAUCGCAUUAA